AGAGGGAUUGGAGCAGCUCUCCGACAGCUGGUGAUUACGCAUCUCACUCGUGCGGGACAGUGACGCGGGGGUCGCGCCGCCACAUGAACGCGUCAGUGUCAGAUGUGACGGGGAAAGAUCUCAGCGUCGGUCUACAUGAGAGAGUCCUCUGAUUCUAUUUGUGAUCGGACUUGUCCCCCCGUGUGGUCGUGCGCUUCAGCAGUCAGCACCUGUGCAGACACCUGUGAGCAGGCCGUCCUGCCUGUGUCUGUAUGGAUGGGAAUGGCAGCAUCAGCUGUCCGUGGGAAUCAUUCACACACAACAUGGAAACACAUUGUGAUUGUUGUCACAACGGUCCUGCUCUUUAGUGCUCCAUCAGUGUGUGCACAGUGUCGAAUCUUGCGAUGCAACUCAGAUUUCGUGGCUGCGACUCUGGAGAUGGGCAUCAUUGGAGGUGGGGGUAAAGAGGGUGCUAAUGCUGGCUACUGCAGCGCCCUGCGAUCCUACGCUCUCUGCACACAACGGACGGCCCGAGCGUGCCGUGGAGACCUAGCGUACCACUCUGCCGUGCAGGGCAUCGAGGACCUGCUUAUCCAACACCGCUGCCCCAAAACCGGCCCCACAGCUCAGCCGCAGCCGCGGCCCCUGCCCCCGCUCUCAGGGGACGGAUGCUUCUAUGAGAAGGGGUUUAUGCAGAGGGAGGGCCGGGCCCCUGAGUACCUGCACUGCGGGGUGUUUGGAGACCCUCAUAUCCGCACCUUUAAUGAAGAGUUCCAGACGUGUACAGUACAGGGCGCCUGGCCUCUCAUAGACAACCAGUACCUGUACAUCCAGGCCACCAGCACGCCCACUAGAGGGAGCUCUUACACCACCAUCCUCACAAAGAUCACGGUUAUCUUGAAGAACUGGCGUGAAUGUGCAGAGCAGCAGAUAUAUCAAGCAGUGACGGAUAACGUCCCCCCGGCGUUCGUGGAUGGGUCUGUGACCAGCGGCGAUCGUAGAGGGCACCAGAGCCUGCGCAUUCACUCUCACGACCCAGGCAGACACGCUGAGAUCUGGGCGACUCACAUCGGGACGACGCUAGUGGUGCGUCAGGUCGGCCGGUCGCUGAGUCUGUCCGUGCGCUCGCCUCGUGCGAUCGUGGAGUCCUAUACACCCGAGCAGGACCUGCAGUUGUGCGUGUGGGGGUGUCCGGUCUCACAGCGCCUGGAGAUACCACACGCUCAUCCGUCCUCGCCGGCGUACUCGCACUGCUCCUCGCAGCUUCCGGUGCGGGAUGUGUAUUUCCAGGCUUGCCUGUUUGACCUACAGGUCACCGGGGACGCGAACUCCAGUGAAUCAGCCGUGGCUGCUUUAGAGGACGCUCGAGCGAUGAUCUCUGACCCUAAUAGCGUUCACCUGCUGACGGACAGGGCAGGUACUAACCCUCCGUCACUGCCGGUGGUGCUGGCCUUAAGCGUCCUCACAGAGACACUCAGACACACUGUUUUGGGCCCUGUGUGACAUCAAAAACACUGCACUAAAGCAGGCCUUAUGGGAUAUUUAACCCUUAUGCUGCAUUAGGGACAUUUUUGGUCUUUUGCAGUUUAAUUUCUUUGACCAUUUUGGCUGUUUUA